GCAGCUGUUUUUUCUGUUCUGUGUUCUGGGGACAGAAAUCACGGCACACGAAAAUCGUUUGAGCAAGUGAAUAUGCGUUUGUUAACGGCUGAGUUGCGCUCAGCUGGAUUUCAGUGGAAACGGGACCUCGCGCAGGGGGGCUGACAGACCAGUUAACGCGCAACAUCCAUGAUGACCGCAUUUCUUAAGGGCAGCGCGAGCUGUGGCUUCAUGCGCACGCUCACUCCCUUUUGAAUCAUUUGGUGAGAACAGGACGUACCGAUCUCUGUCCGUUCCGCCAGACUGCUGAAAAAGACAGAGGAGGCGAAAAAGAGAAAAAAAAUCACAGUAUUGUGUGUGUGAAUCAUCCGGGAAUCCAUCUUUAAAACAGAACCUUGUAGACGUGGUCGUCACGCGGGCAUGUAAACGCGCAAAGAGGCAACGAAGGAAGCUCGGAAACGUGAGUUCUAGAGAAUUAUCAAAUCGGUGGGAUGAGCGUGGAGCAGGGCAGAUUUGAAGGAAUGAUACGUAAGGGAAACGGCACGAUGAGCGUCAUGAGCGGCAGCGCGAACUCCACCGUUGUGCAGCUUCCCGGUGGCCGGAGCCGCGGAGACGCGCGCUACCCGCAGCACGCACCCCAUCAGAGCGGUUCGAUGGUGAAACCCCAAAACGAGCCCGCGGACCUGGUGAAACGAGCACUGGACUUCAAGACGCAAGGCACGCAGUGCUACAAGGAUAAAAAAUACCGCGAGGCCAUCGGCAAGUACCACCGCGCGCUGCUGGAAAUGAAGGGUCUGUGUCGCGUGCUGGGGGAUCCGGACACCAGUAAGUCCCCGUCUGCCGUCCUGACCAGCAUCAGCAAGUCCAGCCUGACGGACGAGCAGAAAGGCGCGGUGGAGAACGCGGAGCUGGAGUGCUACAACAGCCUGGCAGCCUGUCUGUUGCAGAUGGAGCUAGUGAAUUAUGAACGAGUGAAAGAGUACUGUCUGAAGGUUUUGAGAAAGGAGGGUGAGAAUUUUAAAGCCCUGUAUCGCUCUGGUGUGGCGUAUUAUCAUCUGGGAGACUUCAACAAAGCCCUGCACUACCUAAAAGAGUCACACAAACAGCAGCCCACAGACACAAAUGUCAUCCGCUACAUCCAACUCACGGAAAUGAAGAUUCGACGAAAUGCCCAGAGAGAGAAAUCAGAAGUGUCGUAAAAACAGCUCCCGCUCGAAAAGCUUUCCACUGCGGACACCCCACACUUCCCUCAUCGCAAUCUCUGUGGACGAGGUUCUGCAUUUCAUGGAAGACUUUGUUCCAGUGCGGGUCAACACACCUGUCUCAGUCCUGUCAGAAACAGUCUCUGGCUCAGACUGAAGAGCUGAAUCAGGUGUGCUGUGCCCUGCAGUAGACUGCGGAGACCAGAGAUGGAGGCCACCAGGGAUCUCAAUGGCAUUUGGUAUGCUUUUUGAAGUAAAGUAGUGCUGUCAAAAUGUUUGCUUUUAUUCCUCAAUUAAAAACCGAUGUAGGUCUCUCAAGGUGGUUGUGGUCUGAAGUUGUUCUCAACAGAACACCCUCAGAUCAUUUUGUGGCUGGUGAAAUACAUAUACUGUACAUAUUCCUGCAGCAUUUUCUUUCGCAUAUUGUUUGCAGAUCAUGACAAAGAUGUUUUAUUAGACAUUCUGGCUGAGUUUUGCUAGAAACACCUGAAGCUUCUUCAUUUGAAGUGCAGUUAAGUGUCACUACCAGUGAAAACGAUGCCAAUCAUAUACAACCUACUCUUCACUUAACACCCACAUUCAAAACGCAGUGGGAAAGAUCUCACAUGCACAGAGUGGGCGUAAGUGUACAAACACACACAUACACACAUACACACAAACACAGUGGACAUGAGUGUAAGCAUGUGAAUAAAGCACAGUCUGACACGCAUAUACAAAAGCAUGUAGGAGUACAAUAAACUUCAUUAAUUUUUA